AUGUUAGGUAAUGAAGGUGAUGGCAGUGAUAGAGAAGAUGGUAGUGGUGAUAAAGUCGAAGAUGUUAUGGUAAUGGUGGUUAUUCUGGAGAUUGAUUAUGUUGAUAACAUCAAUUGUUGUAAUGUUUGUGACAGUGAUUAUAAUGCAGAUGUUGUAGAUAACACGAAGAUGUUACCGGGAACUAUGAUAAUAAUAUCAAGUGAUGAUGGUGACUAUGAUGAUGUAGGAUAUGGUAAUUGGGAUAAAGACGAUGGUUGUGGUAAAGGGUAUGGCUGUGGAGAUGAUAAUUAUUAUGAUGAUGAUAGCAAUGAUGAUAUUGAUAGUAAUGGUGGCGAUGAUUAUGAUUUUGCUGGUGACAAAAAUGACGAUGGUUGUGAUGAUUAUGAUCGCGCUGAUGAUGAUAGUGAUUAA